CAGUCCACGUUAGAGAAGGGACAGCUAGUGGUUGUCCGGGAGGGGUAGCGGGGGCAGUCCCCGGAAAUAAUUGCUAUUCUCAGUCACCGGGAAUUGGCGAGGUAUCCUCUGCGGUGGAGAGACUUGGAAUGGCCAAAUAUCAAGGUGAAGUUCAAAGUUUGAAACUGGAUGAUGAUUCAGUCAUAGAAGGAGUAAGUGACCAAGUACUUGUGGCAGUUGUGGUCAGUUUCGCUUUGAUUGCUACCCUGGUAUAUGCACUUUUCAGAAAUGCACAUCAAAACAUUCACCCAGAAAACCAAGAGCUAGUGAGGGUGCUUCGGGAGCAACUUCACUCAGAACAGGAUGCGCCAGCUGCUGCUCGACAACAGUUUUACACUGACAUGUACUGUCCAAUCUGUUUACAUCAGGCCUCCUUCCCUGUUGAAACAAACUGUGGGCAUCUUUUUUGUGGUACCUGUAUUAUUGCGUACUGGCGAUAUGGUUCAUGGCUGGGGGCAAUCAGCUGUCCAAUCUGUAGACAAACGGAAGUCUUCAGUGUGCAAAGUGAAGUUCUGCAAAGGACAGAGAACUUCCAGGUAACUUUACUGCUAACAGUAUUUGGUGAAGAUGACCAGUCUCAGGAUGUCACACCAUUGCAUCAAGAUAUUAAUGAUUAUAACCGGAGAUUCUCAGGGCAGCCCAGAUCUAUUAUGGAGAGAAUUCUGGAUCUACCCACUUUACUGAGGCAUGCAUUCAGGGAAAUGUUUUCAGUUGGGGGCCUGUUCUGGAUGUUCCGUAUCAGGAUAAUACUUUGUUUAAUGGGAGCUUUUUUCUAUCUUAUAUCACCUCUAGAUUUUGUACCUGAGGCCUUGUUUGGGAUUCUAGGCUUCCUAGAUGAUUUCUUUGUCAUCUUUUUGUUGCUUAUCUACAUCUCUAUUAUGUACCGAGAAGUGAUUACACAGAGACUGAACAGAUGAAAAAAAAAUGAGUUUACUAAAGUAUUUGAGCUAAUGUGUGAAAUCAGACAAAAGGACCCAUGGCAGUGUAAAGCAUCUGAACAUUAUCUUACAAGCUUAAAACCACUGUAUUACAACAAACAUUUGAUUAUCAUUUGGCAAAUGCCUAGCAGUAUAUGACUGGAAUUUUUACAUGUUGCAGAUUCUAAUAUUAAGGUUAGAAUUAUAAUAAUUUACAACUGUA